AUGGAAGCACAGAAUGGAAAGACGACAGUAUGGGUCCCCAAGGAGGCCUUCGAGUCGGUCCGGCGGCUGUGGAAGCCCGAGUUCAACUGGAUCCCCGUGCCAGUUGACCGGUCCCUGCCUCCAGACCAGAUCGCCUACAUCGACACCGCCGGCCCCGUCUCGCCCCUGCCGCCAGCGCCACGCACGCCCAAGACACCUGCGCUGCCCAUGCCCAGGACCCCGAGGACGCCUUUGGACCUCCCGCCCCUCGAGACGACUGCACUGAGCUUGCAGCGCCCCACAGCAGCUGGGGCCGUCGGGGGCGGGUAUUUCGGGUCCAGUCCUGAGCUCGAAACGGCCAUCACGGCCGGGUUCAGCCCUGGGGACAGCAGCAGCGAGAGGCCCGACACACCGUCCACGGCGACAGAGCCAGAGAGCCCUGCGACGCCCAAGGACGACGGCCCUGGUCUACCCAAGCCUGCGAUCUGGCGACAGUCUCAGGCCACGGGCAGCGAGUACUCACAAGACAAUGAGUACAAUGAGAAUGAGGCAGCAGCCCUAAACCCAGAGCCCUUUAACGCCCUCCACGGCCUGCCGCCCGACACGCAGUGGAAGAUGGUGGACAAGCGUGCUAGGUAUGGGCCCAGGGACAACCUGAAGCCGGCCAGCUGGAAGACGUUGGACGGGCCGCGGGAUCUGGGCAUGCGGGACCACUGGCAGACGUUCCGGCGCGACGAGGCGCACUGGAACGGAAGCGAAAAGGGGUUUGCCGUGAGGCUGGACAUGCACCUGAACGUCGAGGUCGAGCUGAAGGGGACUGUGAAUGGCGAUAUUACACUUUCCGCAGAAGCGUUGCACUAUGAUUCUGGCGAAUGUCCUAUCAUGAUGUAA